GCAGCACCAUCAACCUGUCAAUUUUUAGUAAAGGAUCGAACUAUCUAUUUUCUUUUUCUAUGCAGAAACGUAACGCACCUUUAUAAAUUUUCAAGUUUAUUUUUUUUCUACAUUAUUGAUUGAUCUCAUGUUGGGUAGUUUCGCAUAGUUUGCUAUAAUGUCGUUGAAUGAAAGAGUACAAGAGGAGCUGGAAGCUUUAGAAGCUAUUUUAAUGGAUGAUAUUUCUAUAACAUACGACGAACAGAGUUGUUUAACGCUAAUCAAAUCCACGAUAUUCCCUUCGACUGCUAACGAAGUAAACAAGCAGUAUGUUUGUGUAACUAUAGAAGUUAAACUUCCAGAAGAUUACCCCGAUUCGGAGCCAAACGUACAAUUAAGGAAUCCCAGAGGACUCGACGACUCCACUGUAAACGAUCUGUACAAAUCUAUCAAAGAAAAAUGUACUGAAUAUCUCGGACAGCCUGUGAUUUUUGAACUAAUCGAGCUUAUUAGAGAGAGUCUUACAGAGAGUAAUUUACCCACGUGUCAAUGUGCUGUGUGCUUAUACGGAUUCUCCGAAGGGGACAGCUUCACAAAAACGCAAUGCUUUCACUACUUUCAUUCCUACUGCUUGUACAACCACCUAGAAACCACUAAAAGGCAUUACCAGGAAGAACAAGAAAAGUUACCGGCUUGGCAAAAGUCUACCAAAGGAUUCCAGGCGAUCUGUCCGGUUUGUCGCGAAUCCAUAAACUGUGAUGUCGAAGAACUGAAAACGGCUCUUCCUCCCAAAGAUUUAGAAAAUGCUCAAAACUUCGAAGUUACCAAGGACUUGAGGGUGUUGCAGGACCGAAUGAAGCAGCUCUUCUCUUACCAGAAAAGCAAAGGCGGCAUUAUCGACGUCGAGGCCGAAGAAAAUAAAUUGCUGUUGAUCACGGAAACGAGCGAUAACGGAUCUACAGAUACGAAUGAAGAUCCAGGGCCCAGCGAUGGUGCUUUAGAAUCGGACGCACAACGAGGCCAAAGGUUUGAUUAUCGGGUGAGUUCCGGGCUGAAUAACAGAUGACUAAGGCAUUUCAAAAUACAAUUCAAGCUCUCCUCAAUUUGUGUCAUAAUUCAAUACUCGUCUGCGUGUAAGUUCGUUUUAUAGAAAACCUUUAUUUUUAAAAUGUUUUUUAUUUAUUUUUUGUUUUACUUUCAAAGUUACUUUAAGCAUAA